AUGAGGUCUUCUUCUUCUACUGCUGCUGAUUCGGGUAUGAUCAAUAUCGUUGCGAGUGCUCAGAAGCUUGAUGUUGAUAAUCGAAUUGCUCUUCGGUUUUAUUAUCGGGUUGCUGGUAACAUACUUCGGCAGGCCGACAUCUUUCGCGCAGAGAAGAACAUCAUUGACCUAUAUGUCCUGCUUUUGAGAUUUUCUAGUUUGGCAUCUGAGACAAUACCGCGUCACCGAGAGUAUAGAUCAUCUCCACAAACCAAGAAACAGUCAUUGAAAAAGAGAUUGAAUGAACUAGAGAAGCUGAAACCAUUAGCCCAGCAGAAGAUCAACGAGAUUAACAGCAGAAAUGCUCACCGACAAAAUGGACGGGGGAAUUUUCAUUCAAAUGAUAAUGUGGGUUUUUCUUCUGUGCAAAAGCAAAAUUUGGCUAGUAAUGGCCAAAUAAAGCCUGUCAGAGCAACUGCUAGGGAAUUUGCUUACCAAGGAUCAAGUGGUCAACAUUUCUCGCAUGUCAAGCCUGUAGAAGAGCACGUGCGAAGACUAUCUCUAACUCUGCCACCGCCAAAGGAGGAAACUCUCUCUAGACGUUCUAUUCUUGAUCCCAAUGGGCUUAAUGGACAAUAA